GAACAUCUGAUUUUACUCAAACAACUAAAAAAUGUCAGAAACAGACCGAACAAACCAAGGAGGGUUUAAGAGAGCCGCUAAAGAUUGUUUUAGCGGAACGGUUGGCGGAAUCGUACAAGUGUUUGUCGGUCAGCCAUUUGAUACAGUUAAAGUGAGACUUCAAACACAAGGCGAACCACCAAAAUAUACUAGCAUGCUGGAUUGUGUAAGGAAAACCCGAAAAGAAGGAUUGACCGCAUUUUAUAAGGGAACAACUACCCCAUUAGUAGGAGUUGGUGCCUGUGUCUCUAUUCAAUUUCUAGUUUUCGAAUUUAUGAAAAGAUUCUUUAAUGAAAAAAAUAAACGCCCGGGGCAGUUGACAUUACCACAACUGUAUCAAAUUGGAGCAGCGGCUGGAAUGGCAGCUUCUUUUGUUUUUUGUCCAGUUGAACAUAUUCGUACACGUCUCCAAAUUCAAACUCAGAUUAAAAAGUAUAAUGGACCAAUUGAUUGUAUCAAGAAAAUUUAUUCCUGCCACGGUAUUAAAGGAAUUUAUAAGGGACAGUUAAUAACAAUGGCACGUGAAUUUCAUGGAGGUGCUUGUUAUUUUCUAAUAUACGAAUUUCUUAUGCAACGCGCUAUGCUAAAAGAAAAGAAAUUAAGGAAUGAAUUACCCGGUUGGAAAAAAUGCUUAUAUGGAGCUGCAUCAGGAUAUGGAAUGUGGAGUUCUAUUUAUCCGAUAGAUGUUAUUAAGAGUAAAAUUCAAACUGAUUGCUUUUCAAAAGAAAAGCGAAAGUAUUCAAGUUCACUUGACUGUGCAAAACAGAUUUUAGCCAGGGAAGGAAUUAAAGGUUUUUUUAAGGGAUUUGGAACAUGUAUGCUACGUGCUGGCCCUGUUAAUGCUUCAAGUUUUGUUGCCUUUGAAUUCGCUAUGGAAUUAUUUGAAAAGAUUUAAAGAAAAAAAGAAAGAACAAAAUAGAAUUCAAUAUUUUUUUUAUUACAACAUUUAUUUAAUUUUACUGACAAUUUAAAUAAUUAAAUAAAAAUAUUAGAAUCAAUUUGACUGAUAUAUAUUAUAUAUAAAAUAUGCUCCCCCAGCGGACUCAUUAAUUCAAUUAGAAUUAAAAUAAUCUAUUAUAC